GGGCUUCUGCUAUUCCGUGCUGGCGAGUGCUCGCGAGCCGCGGUCCAUUUACAAGCAAGCUGUCUUGGUACAGAGGAACACUCCAGUCUCUUACAACAUUGUGGACAUCUUGUCUUGGUAAUACAAAAUGGCAGGUCACAAAGACGCUCAAGAAUCCGCACCUGAAGAUGAGGCAUCACAAUUCAGUGAAGACGCUCAAGAAGAAGUACUAAGAAAACGAAGCUCUUCAACAGAACGUGUGGAGAAAGACAACGCAAGGAAUUCUGCCAUUGAUGGAGAAGAUACAAAUCUUCAAAAGGUUGGAGAAAGUCUUCAGCAGCUCCCUAAGCUCGUGCACGACCUGUCACUGGUAACGCUCAUAUGUACCAGGCUGGAGAACCUUCUGACGUCACUUACAGGGGAGGGGAAAGAAGUCACAGAGGCGAGGGCACAUGUCGAGUUGCUCGUUGGCCAGUACCGCAAGCUGGAAGGAAUCGUUAAAGACUUCUUAAAGAGGAUAAGAGCGUUCGCAAGACACAGUAUUGACGAGAUCAAGCAAACUUCGGUUGAAGCAGGACCAGAUAAGGAAUGCGUUGCGGCAAUAGUUAACAGGAGUAAGGACCUAUUGUACAAGAUGAGCGAGUUGGAACAGCGCCGGUCUUGUAUAGAGUCGAGUUCAGGGUUUGCGAAGGAAGGGUCCAGAAAAGUGGCUGAGAAAAGUCGGGCUACAGCAGAGAUGAGUCGGACCUUAGCUUGGGGAGCCAUACCGGGACUUGGGACUCUAGCAUGGGGGGCAGCAGGGGCCAUGGCCGGCGCAGACGGGUACGAAUCCUCGGUGGGGAAGAUAGUGGGAGGGAUAAAGGGUCUAGGGUUCGGUCUAACCGGUGGGUUAGUGACAGGCGUUCUGUCUCCGGUGCUGAUACCGGCCGGACUAUCCGUGGCGAGGGAAAGAGAAGCGCUUAAGGAGAAAUCAGAACACAUCGUGAACGAGUUGACGCUCGCCACGGUCGUGCUAGACAGCGCGAUCAAGAACAUCAGCCAGUGUCUUCACGUGGUCGUCUCCGGGAUGACCCAGCUGUACGAGACCAUCGAAGAGAUGGAAAAUGUGUCGGACACCGAAUCUCAAGAUGGCAAGAAAACGAAACUUAAAGGAAUAGGAGAAGGUUUAAGGAAGCUGUGUGAAGAGGGUUUCGAGCCGCUGUGCCAGGCAUGUGACGAAGCAAGGAUGCGGGUCUUGGGUUACCUUGGACCUACCCUACAGGAGUAUGCGACUGAGAGAAACGUAGCGCCCAAGGAAUCUGAAGAGGGAGACUUUGACAUCAUUGACCCGAUUGAAUUGCUUGAUACUACGAAUUAGUUUUCUCUUCUUAAAAAUACUAGAAAGUGUCGUGUUCCUAAGAUGUCUGAAGUAAAAAGAUAAUAAUCUAUGAAAUGUAUGUAUCAACAUUAUGUUCUAGACAAUCCGUUGAUGUUGAAGUUUGGGCAACGGUAGAACAGUUGCUACAUUACUUACUUUUAUCAUUAUAUGAUUUAUGUACAGUUCUAGAUAAACCUGUGUAUGUUGCCCACACUGUGUUGCAUUAAAGUGAACAAAAUGAA